AUGCGCCUGAUUUCGGCUCUUGUAUCGGUUGUCGUCGCUGUAUGCUUUCAGACACAGGAGUUGUCCUAUGAUGCUCAGACAGUGACAAAGCGAAACCCAAGUAUGAUGCGCGAGAGUGGAUACUGUAUUCUAUUGACACAUUUGCUCAUUCGACAUUUCUACCUCAUCAUGCAUCCGCUGUCAGCUCUAUCGCUCGUUGCGGUCACUUACGCGUGUUAUCUCAUCAUGGCUGAACAGCGUAAGCAUGCGAUAGAGAUGGGAAGCAAUGAAACUCCAUUCUCGCUAUUUGAGUUACCACACGUAUGGCUAUUCUUGCUAUACGCAUUCUUUCUCAUGGUGUUGCGGUGGAUGGCGAUCGAUGAACCAAAUCACAACUAA